AUGGAGAGCAACUUGGAUUUGGUGCGGCGUCUGUUGCGUGGGUCGCAGCAGGCUGCUGCCUCUCAGGCUUCGCAGGCAUCUUUGGCGGCCUCUCAGCAGCGCGCCUCGGCGGGCCCUCGCGGGGGCCCCUCCGCGUUUAGCUGCAAUAGCUGCGGUAGCGGCACACCCCCUCGCAUAGACCACAGCGGGUUCUUGAUAUGUUCAGACUGUGGGGCUAUUCAAGAAGGAGAGCAGCUGGGUACAAGAGACGAAGAAGAAGAAUUUGAAAUGCUGCAGUCGACUCAAGCAAUGGGAGCAGCACGUGUUAGGUCUCAUGACCUGCUGGGGUCGGAUGCUGUUGCUGCAGCGCUUGCUGCUGUGGGGUUGCGGGGCCCCGGAGCCCCCCAAGGUCACCCCGAUGAGGGUGCUGCAGCAACAGACACGCCUCCUGCGACCCUCCCAGCUGCUUCUGCUGCUGCUGCCGCCGCUGCCUCACAGAUGGUAUUUAAUGAAGAUGAAGAUGCCGAGGGCCAGGAAGAAUGGGGAGAAGGUGGUAGAGGAGCUGGUGCCUCAGGAGCAGGCGAUGCCUCAGCUGCUGCUGUUGCUGCUAGGGUGUCUCGUCAACAGCAGCAAGCCCUCGGUAACUAUUGGCAGCAGCCGCUGCUGUGGCUCAAUGCUGAAGAAGCAGCUGGAGAGACCUUUGGCCCAGAUGGGGCCGUGUCAGAUGCUGCGCUGCUGCGCUGCUGGGCGCUGCUGCUGCAGUCCUGCUGCCGCCUGCUGCAGCAGGAGUUUGGUGUUUCCGACCUUCUGGAACUGGAGGCCCGAAAGGUGCUGCUGCAGUACUUAGGCUUCCUCGCUCGCCACGAGCUCCCGGUGGAGACGUUUUUCUGUAGCAUCUCCUCCAACGUUGUCAAGGUUCCGGCGGGAAGAGUUGUCUCCCAUGCGGAGCAGGUCGCGAAAGAGCUGCAGAAGGAACAGCAGCAGCUGCUGCAAGACCCCAGUGUCCCUCCGCUGUUGAAGACAGUGGUUGGCUUUAUGGGUUUGGACCGCCUCGCAUAUGUUCAGAGGCUACUGCCGGCGCGACAGCACAAAAGAGAAACCUUCUCAAGGAGACGCCUUCGUCUCUUGACGCGUGUUGAGUCUUCAACCCCACCCCCAGCAGGAGGCGCAGCUGCAACAGCAGCAGCACCAGCCACAGCAACAGCAACAGGAACAGCACCUGCCCCAGCUGUUGCAGACGGCGUGGUAGGCACGAGUGGACUCAUUCUUUCUGUUCGUGAUGAGGGAGCGCCGGGGGCGCCUGGGGCUCCCUUGAACCCGGCAGCUGGGGAGUCGCAAGGCAGCUCUGCAGCGGAUGCUCUCGUUGCCUCAGGAGGAGCACCAAGCAACAGCAACAGCAGCAGCAAGUGCAGAAAGAACAAUCGGCUGCCCGAUACUGCUCAGACCAGCCUGGUGGCCGUGCCUUGCACCUUAGCCCCAGUAGCCCUUGCGACGCGAGAUGAGCGCGCUGCUGACCGUCUUGCUGCAGCGCAGAGGCUGCUGCCCUUGGUGCAGCAGAGGGAAACCGAUCUAUUAGAGCAGCAGCAGGAUGCGGCCGGGGAGGAGCUGGUCCACGAGGGCCGUCGUCAGCUCUUGGCUGCAGUAUCUUCUGUUGCUGCUGCGUUGGGGCCUCCGCUGACACCAACGGAGGCAGCAGCAGCAGCAGUAGCAACGGGAGAGACGUUUAGGCGACCGCGUCACCGCACCAGGGACGGCACCAGCCAGACACAAAGAGAGACACGGAAGGAGACAGCAGGCGUUGCCUCUCCUCACGUCUCCAGGCAGCUGCUGUCGAUGCUGGCCCACGAGAGGUCCCUUGCUUUAGGGUCUCUCGAGGUGUCUUUGAGUUCAUUUCAGCGGUCGGCCUGGCGCAGGACCACGCCUAAGACGGCAGCAGAGAUUAUAGACGCGGUGUACGAGCAUGACUUCCUUUUCUUGCUUCUCUUUCUUAAACACCAGCAACAGCAGCAGCAGCAACAACAACAGCAGCAGCUGUUGCAACAGCAGCAGCAAAACGGAGGUUCAACUCUGCUGCAGCUGUGCGAUGCUGCACCCGAGCAGCAGCCGUGUUGCGACACUGCAGAAGCCAUUGAGGGCGAUUUAGGGGCAACAGAAAGACCAACAGCAUCCGCAUUAACAGCAGCAGAAACAAUAACACAGACCCCACCACUAACCCGCACAGAAGCAGAUGACUCUGAUGAAGAUAUGCCAUUGGCAUUGCUGCCAGCGGCGCGGCGUCGACGGCGUUCCUCCACAACGCAGGGCCCCUCUGUUGCAGCUGCAGCAGGAGGAGUUGCUGAUUCUGCCGCUGCUACAGCAGAAGCAGCAGGUUUCCCCCCUGGUACCCUUCCUAUGAUGGGCGCCUCCUUUCGCUCAAAGGCCCAUAAGGGAUUCUUCUAUCUCCCAGCGUCUCAGCUGUUACCAUUGAAUGCAGCAGCAGCAACAGCAACAACGGAAGAAGCAGCAGUGGUAACGGAAGCCACACCAGGAUCUGCUGCUGCUGCUGCGCCUACGUCCGUUCGAGUUGAAGCGCUACUGCAGGAAAAUGCAGCAACAGCACCGCAGUUUUGUGAGCAGUCGCGCUUAGCCCUGGAAGGCCCCACCCCACCUCAACACCAGCCAGUGCAGCAGCAGGCCGAAGAGCAGCAGUUGCAACAAGACCAACGGCAGCACCAACCGCAACGACAGCAGCAGCAGCUGGAAAUGCUGCAAGGCAGCGAAGCAGAAGCAGGCGCAUCCCCGGAGUCAAAACGCAGGAGAUUGCUGCUCUGUCCUUCUGUUGUUGCUGCUGAAGGCACGACAGAGGCGACAGCAGCUGACACGGAGUUGGCCUUGGCAAUACCCGUUGCGAGCAGCGGCAACAACAACAGCAGCAGCGCGCAUAGUCUUCUGCAGCAGCAGGUGAAGCUUUUGGGGGACAAAGCAACAGCCACUUUGGAGGCCGAGGCUGCUGCUGGUGGGUUGAAGGAAGUUGCAGCGGAAGUUUUGGCUUUAGACCAGGUGGCACCAGGGAGCACAGCAGCAUUAACUGGUGGCGCUGGUGCUGGUGCCCCUGUUGGUCCUGUGGCUGCUGCUACUGCUAGAGGUGAAGAGAAGGGGAAGACUUCGGUCAAGGCUGGCGGUGCCUUUGCUGCGUUUGAAGGAGACCCUGGAGUGGGCGCUGCCUUUUUGUUAGACGCAACAGAUGACGUAACUGGGGGCCUUCGGCGUCGGCUGCGGGUCCCAUUCUUACCUGGGGGUCCUCACUGUGCUGCAGCAGCAGUGCCUGGUGCACAGCAGCUGCAGCAGCAGCUGGAGGUGUUUGGGCCGCGGGAGCAACAGCUGCUGCUUCGCGUAGAAACGCAACGAGGCGCGUCGAGGCAGCAUGGUUUGUUUCCUGCGGUGUCUCCUGAAUGGUUGGGGUAUGUGAGAACACAACGGCUCCAGGAGCUAUCAGGGUUGUCUCCUUCUUCUUUCUGCGCAGCCUUUGGAGUCUCCUCCCUUGAACCCAGCGCAGAAAAGACGGUGGGAGUCCGAGGGACACGUGGAGCGGGACCCCAGCGAUGGCUUGCUGAAGAACAAAGACAACGCAAACAGAAGGGGCCCCAAGGGACCUGGGGGCCCUCUCUCGAGCUAAAUGCUACUGCUCUUGAGCUUAUGAUUCGAUUGACUGCUGUUCGUGUUGUUUGGCGGCGGUCGAUCAUCAAGACCUGCUUCCUUCACCGUGCAGGCAGCAGCCACCAACAGACCGCCGCAGCACCAAUCAUGAUAACUCCAUCAGCAGUAGCAGCGGAUGCACCAACAGAUGCAACGGGAAGCUCAGCUGCUGCUUCAGCGGGGAAAGACGUUACAGACAUACCCCACGCAACAACGGAGAAAUAUGCAACACCUUCCACUCAAGCAGGGGAUACUCAGCGCACCCCAACAGGAACGAUCCAGGGAGAAGCUGCACCAGCAGCAGCAGCAACAGCCAAGCCUGCUGCUGUUGCUGCUACUGCUGCUGCAUCCGCACCAGAGGGAACGCUGCUCUCUCUUAGACGCUGCAGCGGGCGCUUCUCUGUACGAUGCGCAGCAGCAGAUGGGCUGGAGGUGACUUCUGUACACCCUGAGGCAGUCGGUCCUGCUGCUCUUUUCUCGGGUGCAUGUGGAGUAAAUGCCUUGACAGGCAGUCGUCUGCUGUCUCCUCACCUACCGCCUUCGCUCCCACCCCUAGACAUGGAUUUGCUGCUGGCGCUUCUACUUGUAGCUCUUAAACGCUGCCGCAUCCCCCUGACUGCUGCAGAUGUCCUGAGAUUGCUGCUACAGAAUCGCAUAGGGUCUCUUUCGCUGCUGCGCCUGUCUCCCCCAGCGCUGUGGCACCAGUGCCGCGUCUUUACUGGGGCUCUUCUGCAUCUGGGCGCAACAUCCAACUCUGCUGCAUCUGCUGCUGCUUUGCAGCCUCAGUCGCUGCCGCAUGCCUUUCGGCUCCAGACGCUGCUGCAGGAUUUGGCGGCCCUCGGCAUUUCUGUGGGCCCCCCUGUGAAUGCGAGUGCCCUCAUUGCGCGUGUGGGUACGCUUCUGCGUCUGCCACCUCUCGUGAUGCUGCUAGCCAACGCCCUGCUUCAGCAGGUGCUUCCGGGGCAGCUGCGACUGCUGCAGCAGAAGCUGCGCACAGCUCAGGAGUACAGACACAUUAAAAUACCCAGGAAAUCUCCUUUCGUUCCAUCACCAAUCCAGACAAGGCCAAUGAGGCCCCCGCCGCUGCACAUACGGAAGUGCGUAAAGUCUAUCCGCAGCAUUCGUCGUGCUGCUGCAGGGGACAAAGGAGCCCAUGGGAAAGAUAGUAACGCCAACAAACGCAGGCGUAUUGGGAGCGACGGUGCCGCAGCUGGUGCAGGAGGAACAUUUGAAGCAGCACAGGCGGCCGCAGCAGAAACAGACGAAGCAGCAGGCGCAGCAACCGCAGCAACCGCAGCGGCAGCCGAGACGGGGCCUAUCUCUGGGGAGGGGGGAAGUGAUCAGGUGGUGGCAGAUGCACCAGCGACAGCAGCGGACUCUCAGGUUUCUCAGGAGACACCUGAGGCAGCCACAGAACCAGCACCAUCCGCAGACGCCGCAGAAGGAGACGGCAAGAAACCUCCAGAAGGGGACAGCAGCGGCGAAGGUGGCGAUUUCUCCUUGGUGCUGCAGCAAGAGGGGCUCAGCAGCGAUGGCGCGAGCGAUGGAGGGGGCCGUAGCAGCAGCAAACCGGCAGCACCAUCACCAGCUGCAUCAUCAGCAACAGCAUCAGGAGCAGUAGGUGCUGCUGCUGCUGCUGCUGGUGCGCGCAAGAAGCAGUCCAAGAGGGGCCCCUGGCGCAUGCGUUGGUCCCGGCAGCGAGGAGACCCCUGGGGACCCCAAGGAGCCCCCCAAAUAUCCCCCUGUGGGGUUCCAGAGACACACAGCGAUGCUUGGAGGCUUCUGACACCGCGCAGCAAAUCGAAUGCAUGGGGAUGUCCACUAGAGUUGGCUGCGGGUGCAUGCAUUCUUGUUGCCCUUAGACUCCUCUAUCCCAUCAUGCAGUGGCAGCCUGCUGCAGCCCCCACCAACUGCAGCAGCGGCAGCACUAGGAGUAGCAGCACCUGUGAGCACAGAGAGGAUCUGGCAGCUGCUGCGAGGGAUGCUCUCAACCUCUGCACUCAGGCUGCUGAAGAGCUGUCCCGUAGGCAGUGCAUCAGCAGCAGCAACAGCAGGGGGACCAUGAGCAACAACAACGGCAGCAGCAGCAGUGGGAACACCAGCAAUAUUGAUGUCGCCCAGCAGCCCUCGACGCAGCGAUUUCAGUGUGAGAAUUUGUCUCCAGGGACAACUCAAAACACCUCUAGCAACAAUAGCAGCACCAGCAGCAGCAACAAAGUAGAUGGCCCCCUGGCGGCUUUUGGGGGGCCUUUGUCUCCUCGUCGGCUACCCCUCCAGGUUCUGCGAUGGGCGACCGACCGCUUUUUUGUUUAUCUCGAUGGGCUGAUGCUGAUGUGGGUAGUUGGAGUUCGCCAGUGCGCUGCCGCAGCAGCAGCAGCAGCCAGUGCAUCAGCAGCUGCUGCUGCGUUUGCUGCAGAACCUGCAGGUGAAGCAGCAGCAGACGGCUAUACGCUCUAUUUCUUUCCCGCCAAAGAAAUCGGAGAAAGACGUGCAGGUCGCAAAGCCAUCCGUUUCUUGCUGCUGCACCAUUUUCAUCAGAAGCAGCAGCAGAAGCAACAACAGCAGGAGCAACAGCAGCAGCAACAACAACAGCAGCAACACUCUCGUCCGAACGACCUAUUGCCAGCCCCUGUUCUCCGUUUGCUGCUACACCCAGAGGGGGGAGACUUGGUGGGCUUGCUGGAGCACUUCGAGUCCCUCAUGGCAAAGGGAGGGGACACACAAGACAAUACCUUUUCAAUAUGUGGAGGAGGAGAGGCUGAAGAGGUCCUGCUGGAGCAGCAGCUGUUGCUGGCAUAUGCAGGGAGUACGCCGCAAUCGCGGCGUCAGCAGCAACAACAACAGCAGCAGCAGUUUUCCUUGCCCUCCUGGUGUUGGGGCAGCCAACUGCCGCCACCGCUUGUCUCUCCAGUAGCAUCUGCCGCUGUCUCCAAAGCCUUUGGAGAUGUGAGCUCAGCAUCCUUGGCUGCUGCUGCUGCUGCUGCUGCUGCUUCACGGCAAGAGGAUGAGCAGCAGCAGCAACAACAGCAAAAGCAGCAACAACAGUUCGAAUCCGCUGUUCUUGGGCUGCUGGGUGCUGAGGCAGCAGUAGAGCGCUUGAUGGAGACAAUGCCUACAAACCGACAGCUUCUGUUUCGGCUGUUGUCUCCUGCAGCAUCAACUGCGGAUGCAGCAGCAGCAGCAAGUAGUAUACAGCUACCUGUUGUUGCAGAGGGAGACAGAACAACUGUUCUUGACACGGACUUGGGGAUUAAGACUUGGUCUAUGGGUCCCCUGCUGCAGCAGGAGCAGGCGCUUCAGCGUGCAGAGGAGCUGCUGGUCUGCCGUCCCCUUCAUUCUCAGGCUGCUGCUGCGCUUGCUGCUGCGAGAAACAAAGCUGCUGCUGCUGCUGCUGCUGCGUCUGGCACUGAAAAUUCGCAGGAGCAGCAGCGCCAGCAGCAGCUGCAAGAACGCGGCGCCAUUGUGGAAACAGAAGGAGACACCAUGCCGCUAGCAGAAGCAGCAGAAGAUCUGGAGAAGGCUGUGGAAAUCGCUACAGCAGCGUUUGGCUACAUCAGCAUGCAACACCAGCAGCAGCAAGAGAAGCUGCAGCAGAAACGCCACAGCAAGAGCGGCCGCCACCACAAGAAACGCCACCGCCGGAGGGGACGCAGCAACGGCAGCAGCAAAAGCAAUGGCAACAACAGUAGCAGCGGGCCCACACAUUUUGAGCUUUACAGGCACUCUGUUAGUGCAGCAGAGGCCUGCGAGCCCUGUGUGCUGCUGCCGCUGCAGCCGCACCGGGCUGCGGUGGUGCAGCGGUUUGCUGCAGAGAGAGCUGAAGAGCUGCCACUGCUGCCGCUGCCUAGACCUGCGAAGUCUGCUGCUGUUGCUGUUGCUGCUGCUCGUCAGGAGGCUCUGGACUGUCUCCGGAAGCACCAGCAGCUGCGGCUGCAGUGGCUAGGGUCUCCAUACGUCUGCUAUGACGGGACAGCAGAGUCCCUCUUUCUCCUGUUGGCAUCUUCGCUGCUGCAGCAAAUGGGCGCUGCUGACGAUUUGCUGUUGCUGCAGCAGCAAGAAGCAGAGGGGGAAGAGAGCCUUGGGGCGUUGCUGCGGGACAACACAGCAACAGAUGCAGCAGCUUCGGCAGCCAACGGGCGGAGUCUUGUAGAUGAUGUGGAAGAGCUGCUGCAGCAGUAUAGGACAGCCUCAGCACCUCCUGCUGCAGCCCAGCAGCAACAAGACUCUCCCUCCGCAACACCAACACCAGCAACAGCAGAAACAUCACUAGCUGCAGAUGCUUCAUGUUCUCGCCCCUCGACUUCGGUGGGCUCUCAGGAGCAGCCGCAUCAAGGUGCACCGCAGCAGCAGCAGCAGCAAGAGGACCAGAAUCAAGAGCAGCAGCAGGACGAGUUGGCACAGCAGCAUGAACCGCAGCAGCAAAAAGAAGAGGAGCAAGAGGAGGAGCUGGACGCGCUGCACAGCAAGUACUGGGCCCCGGAUUGGUCCUUUAAGGCAUUCGUUGCUGCCGCUAUUCCUGAGAAAUUUGGUUUAAGGGACGGCAGCAGCAGCUUCUUCGAGGGAGGGGGCUGCGGCCCCGGCAGAGCCUUACCUCUGCGGUUGGAGGCUGCAUGCAGCUUUGCAACAAGCCGCUUCCCUUUCAUGUACACCGUCGCCCUCAUGAAGGUCGCAGACCAACUUGGCGUGGGGCCAGCAGAGUUGCACUCGGUAGUGGGGAUCGUAGCAGGCCCCCACAACAAGCCCACGAGGGUUGACGAGGUCCCACAGACCCGUUUCUUUUGGCCUCCAUGGGGGCCUCUCGAGGCGGCUCUGUGGCCUAUGAAGGCUGCUUGUGGGGGGGCCCCAUG